AUGCAGAAGAAGCUUGAUGACUUGGCUGCACAGUUCCUGCGGUCCGACUCCCGGGCUAGGACGACUUCUGACGCCGACUCAGGGCACUUGGCUACUGCAGCUGAGGGGACUGCGCCGGAGCGUCGAUUGUCGGCGUGGGAGGAAGAGCUGGCAUUGACAAGGAUCGCGCGGUCUUACGAGACCUACUUGAUCACCGCGGCGGCUGUCUGGGUCGCGACCGGCGGUGAACUGCCACCGGGAGGAGACAAGUUCCUCGCAAGCAUGGAGCGCCUCUCAACCCUCCGCCCCGCCCGCCUCAACCGCUCCUCACUCUCGUCUACCUUCGUCUCGCCUCCCGAAUCCACCCCUCCCAUCCCGCUUCUCGCCCUCUCGAUGGGCCUCUCAGCCGCCCGCGCCGCACUCCAAACCGAGGCCCAACUAGCCCCACACGAAUACACGUUCUUCCUCUCCGGCCAAUUCGGGUCGCGAGAGGACUGGGAGGAAUUUGCUGGAGGCCGGUACAGGGCUGAUGAUCCGUCCAGGACGGCAGAGGUGGACGAGGCGUUCGAGUGCAUGAAGGGGAGGAUGGUGCCCUGUUAUUCGGGGGGGUUGGCGAGGGCGUUUGCGAAGAGUAGGCCGACUUGGCCGCCGGUUAGGAUCGAGGUGCUGUGGUAG